AUGGCUCUCCAAAAGAUCGUCUCAGACCUUGAGUCGCAGUUAGCAGACUCAAACCGGGAGCUCGAAGGAUUGGAUCGCAGGCGCCUGGCCGACCUUGAGUCACAUAAGAAAUACCGCGAUGGCCAUGUCAUGAAGUUUUUAUACAGAGCCAGCGGUAAAGAGACCUCGUUUACGGGUCAGGCUGAGAGGGAAGAGCAGAAUUACCACAACACCCUUCAGCAGGCGCAUCAUGCAGCAGAGCACAACUCAAGUGUCAAAUCGAAGCUAGAGCAGGAACUCGAGAAGAAGAGAGAGCUUGACCAGAGCAUGCAGGGUUACCUUGACCUUCAGAAGCAGCUUGACGACAUUUACGACGACAUCUUUGCAGGGCCAACACCUGAGUAUCCCGAAGAAGACGAAAAGGAACGACGAAGCAACGCUGCACUAUCUACUUAUGUUGCGACAAAAACAGCGCUUGAACUAGACCAAAAAGCAGUGGAUCUUCUUGAGCAAGCGACAGCGACCAUGACGGCUGGACUGCAGCAGGUAGACAAGGCGCUUCAGUCAGGAGACAUGAACCACAUCCGAUAUCUGAACCAGGGAAGGGACCUCAUUCAGCAGAGCAAGACGACGGUUGAUCAACUGGUGCAGCUCGGCCCGGACGUGAUCGAGCUACCUCCUGAGGCUAACCCGCGUACUAUGGAGGUCACAUCCAAUUUGGGCGAAGUCUGGGGAAAGGUUGAUAUCACAGGUGGUCGUCGAGAAGUAGCGCGAUGCACAGCAGCUUUGGAUAAUUGUUUGAGCCAGGCAAAGGAGAGGAGACAUCGCCUAUCCAAGGAGUUGAAGCGGAAAGAGGAGGAGAUGGAGACAGCGAGGACAGAGUUACAGAAGAUUCGGAGAAGUAUCUUUGAGGAAGUUGUAGGCGCUGAUUUGGUCAAGGGGUCAUAG